AUGCCUGGGCCUGUGCCUCCCUCUGCCUCCUUCUACCUCCCUCUGCCUCCCUCUACCUCCCUCUGCCUCCUUCUACCUCCCUCUGCCUCCCUCUACCUCCCUCUGUCUCCCUCUACCUCCCUCUGCCUCCCUCUGCCUCCCUCUGUCUCCCUCUAUCUCCCUCUGUCUCCCUCUACCUCCCUCUGCCUCCCUCUGUCUCCCUAUGCCUCCCUCUACCUCCCUCUGUCUCCCUCUGCCUCCCUCUACCUCCCUCUGUCUCCCUCUGCCUCCCUCUACCUCCCUCUGUCUCCCUCUGUCUCCCUCUGCCUCCCUCUGUCUCCCUCUACCUCCCUCUGCCUCCCUCUGUCUCCCUCUGUCUCCCUCUGCCUCCCUCUGCCUCCCUCUGCCUCCCUCUGUCUCCCUCUGUCUCCCUCUGUCUCCCUCUGCCUCCCUCUACCUCCCUCUGUCUCCCUCUGUCUCCCUCUGUCUCCACCUGUCUCCCUCUACCUCCCUCUGUCUCCACCUGUCUCCCUCUGUCUCCCUCUGCCUCCCUCUACCUCCCUCUGCCUCCCUCUGUCUUCCUCUGCCUCCCUCUGCCUCCCUCUACCUCCCUCUGUCUCCCUCUGCCUCCCUCUGUCUCCCUCUGUCUCCCUCUACCCACUAAACAUCCAACGUCCACUCAACCUCCAGAUCACGUCAAAAUCGCGUCGUGGGUACCUCCCUCUGCCUCCCUCUGUCUCCCUCUGCCUCCCUCUGUCUCCCUCUGUCUCCCUCUACCUCCCUCUGCCUCCCUCUGUCUCCCUCUGUCUCCCUCUGCCUCCCUCUACCUCCCUCUGUCUCCCUCUGUCUCCCUCUGCCUCCCUCUGCCUCCCUCUGUCUCCCUCUGCCUCCCUCUGCCUCCCUCUGCCUCCCUCUGUCUCCCUCUGUCUCCCUCUGCCUCCCUCUACCUCCCUCUGCCUCCCUCUACCUCCCUCUGUCUCCCUCUGCCUCCCUCUGCCUCCCUCUGCCUCCCUCUGCCUCCCUCUGUCUCCCUCUGCCUCCCUCUGCCUCCCUCUGUCUCCCUCUGCCUCGCUCUGUCUCCCUCUGUCUCCCUCUACCUCCCUCUGCCUCCCUCUGUCUCCCUCUACCUCCCUCUACCUCCCUCUGUCUCCCUCUGUCUCCCUCUGCCUCCCUCUGCCUCCCUCUGUCUCCCUCUGCCUCCCUCUGCCUCCCUCUGUCUCCCUCUGUCUCCCUCUGUCUCCCUCUGUCUCCACCUGUCUCCCUCUACCUCCCUCUGCCUCCCUCUGUCUCCCUCUGCCUCCCUCUGUCUUCCUCUGCCUCCCUCUGCCUCCCUCUACCUCCCUCUGUCUCCCUCUGCCUCCCUUUGUCUCCCUCUGUCUCCCUCUGCCUCCUUCUGCCUCCCUCUACCUCCCUCUACCUCCCUGUGCCUCCCUCUGUCUCCCUCUGCCUCCCUCUACCUCCCUCUGCCUCCCUCUGUCUCCCUCUGCCUCCCUUUGUCUCCCUCUGUCUCCCUCUACCUCCCUCUGUCUCCCUCUGUCUCCCUCUGCCUCCCUCUGCCUCCCUCUGUCUCCCUCUGCCUCCCUCUGCCUCCCUCUGCCUCCCUCUGUCUCCCUCUGUCUCCCUCUGCCUCCCUCUGCCUCCCUCUGUCUCCCUCUGCCUCCCUCUGCCUCCCUCUACCUCCCUCUGUCUCCCUCUGUCUCCCUCUGUCUCCACCUGUCUCCCUCUACCUCCCUCUGCCUCCCUCUGUCUCCCUCUGCCUCCCUCUGUCUUCCUCUGCCUCCCUCUGCCUCCCUCUACCUCCCUCUGUCUCCCUCUGCCUCCCUCUGCCUCCCUCUGCCUCCCUCUGUCUCCCUCUGCCUCCCUUUGUCUCCCUCUGUCUCCCUCUGCCUCCUUCUGCCUCCCUCUACCUCCCUCUACCUCCCUGUGCCUCCCUCUGUCUCCCUCUGCCUCCCUCUACCUCCCUCUGCCUCCCUCUGUCUCCCUCUGCCUCCCUUUGUCUCCCUCUGUCUCCCUCUGCCUCCUUCUACCUCCCUGUGCCUCCCUCUACCUCCCUCUGUCUCCCUCUACCUCCCUCUGCCUCCCUCUGUCUCCCUCUGCCUCCCUCUGUCUCCCUCUGCCUCCCUCUGCCUCCUUCUACCUCCCUCUGUCUCCCUCUACCUCCCUCUGCCUCCCUCUGUCUCCCUCUGCCUCCCUCUGUCUCCCUCUGCCUCCCUCUGUCUUCCUCUGCCUCCCUCUGCCUCCCUCUACCUCCCUCUGUCUCCCUCUGCCUCCCUCUGCCUCCCUCUGCCUCCCUCUGUCUCCCUCUGCCUCCCUUUGUCUCCCUCUGUCUCCCUCUGCCUCCUUCUGCCUCCCUCUACCUCCCUCUACCUCCCUGUGCCUCCCUCUGUCUCCCUCUGCCUCCCUCUACCUCCCUCUGCCUCCCUCUGUCUCCCUCUGCCUCCCUUUGUCUCCCUCUGUCUCCCUCUGCCUCCUUCUACCUCCCUGUGCCUCCCUCUACCUCCCUGUGUCUCCCUCUACCUCCCUCUGCCUCCCUCUGUCUCCCUCUGCCUCCCUCUACCUCCCUCUACCUCCCUGUGCCUCCCUCUACCUCCCUCUGUCUCCCUCUACCUCCCUCUGCCUCCCUCUGUCUCCCUCUGCCUCCCUCUACCUCCCUCUACCUCCCUGUGCCUCCCUCUACCUCCCUCUGUCUCCCUCUACCUCCCUCUGCCUCCCUCUGUCUCCCUCUGCCUCCCUCUGUCUCCCUCUGCCUCCCUCUGCCUCCUUCUACCUCCCUCUGUCUCCCUCUGCCUCCCUCUGUCUCCCUCUGCCUCCCUCUGUCUCCCUCUGCCUCCCUCUGCCUCCUUCUACCUCCCUCUGUCUCCCUCUACCUCCCUCUUGCCUCCCUCUGUCUCCCUCUGCCUCCCUCUGUCUCCCUCUGCCUCCCUCUACCUCCCUCUACCUCCCUGUGCCUCCCUCUACCUCCCUCUGUCUCCCUCUACCUCCCUCUGCCUCCCUCUGUCUCCCUCUGCCUCCCUCUGUCUCCCUCUGCCUCCCUCUGCCUCCUUCUACCUCCCUCUGUCUCCCUCUGCCUCCCUUUGUCUCCCUCUGUCUCCCUCUGCCUCCUUCUACCUCCCUGUGCCUCCCUCUGCCUCCCUCUGCCUCCCUCUGCCUCCCUCUACCUCCCUCUGUCUCCCUCUACCUCCCUCUGCCUCCCUCUGUCUCCCUCUGCCUCCCUCUGUCUCCCUCUGCCUCCCUCUGUCUCCCUCUGCCUCCCUCUGUCUCCCUCUGUCUCCCUCUGCCUCCCUCUACCUCCCUCUGCCUCCCUCUACCUCCCUCUGCCUCCCUCUGCCUCCCUCUGUCUCCCUCUACCUCCCUCUGCCUCCCUCUACCUCCCUCUGCCUCCCUCUGCCUCCCUCUGUCUCCCUCUACCUCCCUCUGCCUCCCUCUGCCUCCCUCUGCCUCCCUCUGCCUCCCUCUGUCUCUCUCUGCCUCCCUCUACCUCCCUCUGUCUCCCUCUGCCUCCCUCUGCCUCCCUCUGCCUCCCUCUGCCUCCCUCUGUCUCCCUCUGUCUCUCUCUGCCUCCCUCUGCCUCCCUCUGUCUCCCUCUGCCUCCCUCUGUCUCCCUCUGCCUCCCUCUGCCUCCCUCUGUCUUCCUCUGCCUCCCUCUGCCUCCCUCUGUCUUCCUCUGCCUCCCUCUGCCUCCCUCUACCUCCCUCUGUCUCCCUCUGCCUCCCUCUGCCUCCCUCUGCCUCCCUCUGUCUCCCUCUGCCUCCCUUUGUCUCCCUCUGUCUCCCUCUGCCUCCUUCUGCCUCCCUCUACCUCCCUCUACCUCCCUGUGCCUCCCUCUGUCUCCCUCUGUCUCCCUCUACCUCCCUCUGUCUCCCUCUGCCUCCCUCUGCCUCCCUCUGUCUCCCUCUGCCUCCCUCUGCCUCCCUCUGUCUCCCUCUGCCUCCCUCUUCCUCCCUCUACCUCCCUCUGCCUCCCUCUGUCUCCCUCUACCUCCAUCUGUCUCCCUCUACCUCCCUCUGUCUCCCUCUACCUCCCUCUGUCUCCCUCUGUCUCCCUCUACCUCCCUCUGCCUCCCUCUGUCUCCCUCUGCCUCCCUCUACCUCCCUCUGUCUCCCUCUGUCUCCCUCUGCCUCCCUCUACCUCCCUCUGCCUCCCUCUGCCUCCCUCUGUCUCCCUCUACCUCCCUCUGCCUCCCUCUGCCUCCCUCUGUCUCCCUCUGCCUCCCUCUGUCUCCCUCUGCCUCCCUCUACCUCCCUCUGUCUCCCUCUGUCUCCCUCUGCCUCCCUCUACCUCCCUCUGCCUCCCUCUGCCUCCCUCUGUCUCCCUCUACCUCCCUCUGCCUCCCUCUGCCUCCCUCUGCCUCCCUCUGCCUCCCUCUACCUCCCUCUGUCUCCCUCUGCCUCCCUCUGCCUCCCUCUGCCUCCCUCUACCUCCCUCUGUCUCCCUCUGUCUCCCUCUGCCUCCCUCUGUCUCCCUCUGCCUCCCUCUGCCUCCCUCUGUCUUCCUCUGCCUCCCUCUGCCUCCCUCUGUCUUCCUCUGCCUCCCUCUGCCUCCUUCUACCUCCCUCUGUCUCCCUCUGCCUCCCUCUGCCUCCCUCUGCCUCCCUCUGUCUCCCUCUGCCUCCCUUUGUCUCCCUCUGUCUCCCUCUGCCUCCUUCUGCCUCCCUCUACCUCCCUCUACCUCCCUGUGCCUCCCUCUGUCUCCCUCUGCCUCCCUCUACCUCCCUCUGCCUCCCUCUGUCUCCCUCUGCCUCCCUUUGUCUCCCUCUGUCUCCCUCUGCCUCCUUCUGCCUCCCUCUACCUCCCUCUACCUCCCUGUGCCUCCCUCUACCUCCCUCUGUCUCCCUCUGCCUCCCUCUGCCUCCCUCUGCCUCCCUCUGUCUCCCUCUGCCUCCCUCUGCCUCCCUCUGUCUCCCUCUGCCUCCCUCUUCCUCCCUCUACCUCCCUCUGCCUCCCUCUGUCUCCCUCUACCUCCCUCUGUCUCCCUCUACCUCCCUCUGUCUCCCUCUACCUCCCUCUGUCUCCCUCUGUCUUCCUCUACCUCCCUCUGCCUCCCUCUGUCUCCCUCUGCCUCCCUCUACCUCCCUCUGUCUCCCUCUGUCUCCCUCUGCCUCCUUCUGCCUCCCUCUGUCUCCCUCUACCUCCCUCUGCCUCCCUCUGCCUCCCUCUGCCUCCCUCUGCCUCCCUCUGUCUCCCACUGUCUCCCUCUGUCUCCCUCUGCCUCCCUCUACCUCCCUCUGUCUCCCUCUACCUCCCUCUGUCUCCCUCUGCCUCCCUCUGCCUCCCUUUGCCUCCCUCUGCCUCCCUCUGCCUCCCUCUGCCUCCCUCUGUCUCCCACUGUCUCCCUCUGUCUCCCUCUGCCUCCCUCUACCUCCCUCUGCCUCCCUCUGCCUCCCUCUACCUCCCUCUGCCUCCCUCUGCCUCCCUCUGUCUCCCUCUGCCUCCCUCUUCCUCCCUCUUCCUCCCUCUACCUCCCUCUGCCUCCCUCUGUCUCCCUCUACCUCCCUCUGUCUCCCUCUGCCUCCCUUUGCCUCCCUCUGCCUCCCUCUGCCUCCCUCUGCCUCCCUCUGUCUCCCACUGUCUCCCUCUGUCUCCCUCUACCUCCCUCUGCCUCCCUCUGCCUCCCUCUGUCUCCCUCUGCCUCCCUCUUCCUUCCUCUUCCUCCCUCUACCUCCCUCUGCCUCCCUCUAUCUCCCUCUACCUCCCUCUGUCUCCCUCUACCUCCCUCUGUCUCCCUCUACCUCCCUCUGUCUCCUUCUGCCUCCCUCUGCCUCCUUCUACCUCCCUCUGUCUCCCUCUACCUCCCUCUGUCUCCCUCUGCCUCCCUCUGCCUCCCUCUGUCUCCCUCUGCCUCCCUCUGCCUCCCUCUGUCUCCCUCUGCCUCCCUCUUCCUCCCUCUACCUCCCUCUGCCUCCCUCUGUCUCCCUCUACCUCCAUCUGUCUCCCUCUACCUCCCUCUGUCUCCCUCUACCUCCCUCUGUCUCCCUCUGUCUCCCUCUACCUCCCUCUGCCUCCCUCUGUCUCCCUCUGCCUCCCUCUACCUCCCUCUGUCUCCCUCUGUCUCCCUCUGCCUCCCUCUACCUCCCUCUGCCUCCCUCUGCCUCCCUCUGUCUCCCUCUACCUCCCUCUGCCUCCCUCUGCCUCCCUCUGCCUCCCUCUGUCUCUCUCUGCCUCCCUCUACCUCCCUCUGUCUCCCUCUGCCUCCCUCUGCCUCCCUCUACCUCCCUCUGUCUCCCUCUGUCUCCCUCUGCCUCCCUCUGCCUCCCUCUGUCUCCCUCUGCCUCCCUCUGUCUCCCUCUGCCUCCCUCUGCCUCCCUCUGUCUUCCUCUGCCUCCCUCUGCCUCCCUCUGUCUUCCUCUGCCUCCCUCUGCCUCCUUCUACCUCCCUCUGUCUCCCUCUGCCUCCCUCUGCCUCCCUCUGCCUCCCUCUGUCUCCCUCUGCCUCCCUUUGUCUCCCUCUGUCUCCCUCUGCCUCCUUCUGCCUCCCUCUACCUCCCUCUACCUCCCUGUGCCUCCCUCUGUCUCCCUCUGCCUCCCUCUACCUCCCUCUGCCUCAAUCUGUCUCCCUCUGCCUCCCUUUGUCUCCCUCUGUCUCCCUCUGCCUCCUUCUGCCUCCCUCUACCUCCCUCUACCUCCCUCUGCCUCCCUCUACCUCCCUCUGUCUCCCUCUGCCUCCCUCUGCCUCCCUCUGCCUCCCUCUGUCUCCCUCUGCCUCCCUCUGCCUCCCUCUGUCUCCCUCUGCCUCCCUCUUCCUCCCUCUACCUCCCUCUGCCUCCCUCUGUCUCCCUCUACCUCCCUCUGUCUCCCUCUACCUCCCUCUGUCUCCCUCUACCUCCCUCUGUCUCCCUCUGUCUCCCUCUACCUCCCUCUGCCUCCCUCUGUCUCCCUCUGCCUCCCUCUCCCUCCCUCUGUCUCCCUCUGUCUCCCUCUGCCUCCCUCUGCCUCCCUCUGUCUCCCUCUACCUCCUUCUGCCUCCCUCUGUCUCCCUCUACCUCCCUCUGCCUCCCUCUGCCUCCCUCUGCCUCCCUCUGCCUCCCUCUGUCUCCCACUGUCUCCCUCUGUCUCCCUCUGCCUCCCUCUACCUCCCUCUGCCUCCCUCUGUCUCCCUCUACCUCCCUCUGCCUCCCUCUGCCUCCCUCUGUCUCCCUCUGCCUCCCUCUGCCUCCCUUUGCCUCCCUCUGCCUCCCUCUGCCUCCCUCUGCCUCCCUCUGUCUCCCACUGUCUCCCUCUGUCUCCCUCUGCCUCCCUCUACCUCCCUCUGCCUCCCUCUGUCUCCCUCUACCUCCCUCUGCCUCCCUCUGUCUCCCUCUGCCUCCCUCUUCCUCCCUCUUCCUCCCUCUACCUCCCUCUGCCUCCCUCUGUCUCCCUCUACCUCCCUCUGUCUCCCUCUACCUCCCUCUACCUCCCUCUGUCUCCCUCUGUCUCCCUCUACCUCCCUCUGCCUCCCUCUGUCUCCCUCUGCCUCCCUCUACCUCCCUCUGUCUCCCUCUGUCUCCCUCUGUCUCCCUCUGCCUCCCUCUGUCUCCCUCUGCCUCCCUCUACCUCCCUCUACCUCCCUCUGCCUCCCUCUGUCUCCCUCUGCCUCCCUCUGUCUCCCACUGUCUCCCUCUGUCUCCCUCUACCUCCCUCUGCCUCCCUCUGUCUCCCUCUGCCUCCCUCUACCUCCCUCUGCCUCCCUCUGUCUCCCUCUACCUCCCUCUGCCUCCCACUGUCUCCCUCUACCUCCCUCUGUCUCCCUCUGUCUCCCUCUGCCUCCCUCUACCUCCCUCUGCCUCCCCCUGUCUCCCUCUGCCUCCCUUUGUCUCCCUCUGUCUCCCUCUGCCUCCUUCUGCCUCCCUCUACCUCCCUCUACCUCCCUCUGUCUCCCUCUGCCUCCCUCUACCUCCCUCUGCCUCCCUCCGUCUCCCUUUGCCUCCCUUUGUCUCCCUCUGUCUCCCUCUGCCUCCUUCUGCCUCCCUCUACCUCCCUGUGCCUCCCUGUGCCUCCCUCUACCUCCCUCUGUCUCCCUCUGCCUCCCUCUGCCUCCCUCUGCCUCCCUCUGUCUCCCUCUGCCUCCCUCUGCCUCCCUCUGCCUCCCUCUGUCUCCCUCUGUCUCCCUCUGUCUCCCUCUGUCUCCCUCUACCUCCCUCUACCUCCCUCUGUCUCCCUCUGUCUCCCUCUGUCUCCCUCUGCCUCCCUCUACCUCCCUCUGCCUCCCUCUGUCUCCCUCUGCCUCCCUUUGUCUCCCUCUGUCUCCCUCUGCCUCCUUCUGCCUCCCUCUACCUCCCUCUACCUCCCUCUGUCUCCCUCUGCCUCCCUCUACCUCCCUCUGCCUCCCUCUGUCUCCCUUUGCCUCCCUUUGUCUCCCUCUGUCUCCCUCUGCCUCCUUCUGCCUCCCUCUACCUCCCUCUACCUCCCUGUGCCUCCCUCUGCCUCCCUCUGUCUCCCUCUGCCUCCCUCUGCCUCCCUCUGCCUCCCUCUGCCUCCCUCUGUCUCCCUCUGUCUCCCUCUGCCUCCCUCUUCCUCCCUCUACCUCCCUCUGUCUCCCUCUGCCUCCCUCUUCCUCCCUCUACCUCCCUCUGUCUCCCUCUGUCUCCCUCUGCCUCCCUCUGUCUCCCUCUGCCUCCCUCUGCCUCCCUCUGUCUCCCUCUGCCUCCCUCUGCCUCCCUCUGUCUCCCUCUGUCUCCCUCUGUCUCCCUCUGCCUCCCUCUACCUCCCUCUGUCUCCCUCUACCUCCCUCUGUCUCCCUCUACCUCCCUCUGUCUCCCUCUACCUCCCUCUGUCUCCACCUGUCUCCCUCUACCUCCCUCUGCCUCCCUCUGUCUCCCUCUGCCUCCCUCUGUCUCCCUCUGUCUCCCUCUGCCUCCCUCUGCCUCCCUCUGUCUCCCUCUACCUCCCUCUGCCUCCCUCUGUCUCCCUCUGCCUCCCUCUGUCUCCCUCUGUCUCCCUCUGCCUCCCUCUGCCUCCCUCUGCCUCCCUCUGUCUCCCUCUGCCUCCCUCUGCCUCCCUCUGUCUCCCUCUACCUCCCUCUGCCUCCCUCUGUCUCCCUCUGCCUCCCUCUGUCUCCCUCUGUCUCCCUCUGCCUCCCUCUGCCUCCCUCUGCCUCCCUCUGCCUCCCUCUGCCUCCCUCUCCCUCCCUCUGUCUCCCUCUGCCUUCCUCUGUCUCCCUCUGUCUCCCUCUACCUCCCUCUGCCUCCCUCUGUCUCCCUCUGCCUCCCUCUGUCUCCCUUUGCCUCCCUUUGUCUCCCUCUGUCUCCCUCUGCCUCCUUCUGCCUCCCUCUACCUCCCUCUACCUCCCUGUGCCUCCCUCUACCUCCCUCUGUCUCCCUCUGCCUCCCUCUGCCUCCCUCUGUCUCCCUCUGCCUCCCUCUGCCUCCCUCUACCUCCCUCUGUCUCCCUCUGUCUCCCUCUGCCUCCCUCUUCCUCCCUCUACCUCCAUCUGCCUCCAUCUGUCUCCCUCUACCUUCCUCUGUCUCCCUCUGCCUCCCUCUGUCUCCCUCUGUCUCCCUCUACCUCCCUCUACCUCCCUCUGUCUCCCUCUGCCUCCCUCUACCUCCCUCUGUCUCCCUCUGUCUCCCUCUGCCUCCCUCUGCCUCCCUCUGUCUCCCUCUGCCUCCCUCUGCCUCCCUCUGUCUCCCUCUGUCUCCCUCUGCCUCCCUCUACCUCCCUCUGUCUCCCUCUACCUCCCUCUGUCUCCCUCUACCUCCCUCUGUCUCCACCUGUCUCCCUCUACCUCCCUCUGCCUCCCUCUGUCUCCCUCUGCCUCCCUCUGCCUCCCUCUGUCUCCCUCUGUCUCCCUCUGCCUCCCUCUGCCUCCCUCUGUCUCCCUCUACCUCCCUCUGCCUCCCUCUGUCUCCCUCUGCCUCCCUCUGUCUCCCUCUGUCUCCCUCUGCCUCCCUCUGCCUCCCUCUGCCUCCCUCUGCCUCCCUCUGCCUCCCUCUAUCUCCCUCUGCCUCCCUCUGCCUCCCUCUACCUCCCUCUGUCUCCCUCUGUCUCCCUCUACCUCCCUCUGUCUCCACCUGUCUCCCUCUACCUCCCUCUGCCUCCCCCUGCCUCCCUCUGUCUCCCUCUACCUCCCUCUGCCUCCCUCUGUCUCCCUCUGCCUCCCUCUGCCUCCCUCUGCCUCCCUCUGCCUCCCUCUACCUCCCUCUGUCUCCCUCUACCUCCCUCUGUCUCCCUCUACCUCCCUCUGUCUCCCUCUACCUCCCUCUGCCUCCCUCUACCUCCCUCUGUCUCCCUCUACCUCUCCCUCUACCUCCCUCUACCUCCCUCUGUCUCCCUCUCCUCCCUCUACCUCCCUCUACCUCCCUCUGCCUCCCUCUGCCUCCCUCUGCCUCCCUCUGCCUCCCUCUGACUCCCUCUACCUCCCUCUGCCUCCCUCUGCCUCCCUCUGCCUCCCUCUGUCUCCCUCUGCCUCCCUCUGCCUCCCUCUGUCUCCCUCUGUCUCCCUCUGUCUCACUCUACCUCCCUCUGCCUCCCUCUGCCUCCCUCUGUCUCCCUCUGCCUCCCUCUACCUCCCUCUGUCUCCCUCUGCCUCCCUAUACCUCCCUCUGCCUUCUUACAUAACGGGUAAUCCCUCCACUCUGGGUCUGAGAGACUGA